AUGGGGAAUACUGUUGGUAACUUGCCCUGCUGUGAGUUGCACUCCGACGGUGCACUCGAGAUGAAUCGUCAAAAAUCGGGAGGGGUCAUCUAUCCGAGAGUGGCCUCGGGUGGAACGUACUCGGACGGGUCGAAGUACAUUGGAGAUGUCGUCGAUGGUCAGCGAGAAGGGGAAGGCCGAUGGGAGUAUCCAGGAGGCUACUAUCAAGGUCGAUGGAUGAAGAACGAACCACAUGGCGAGGGAGUUCAGACUUGGGCGGAUGGCCGAAUAUACGUCGGGACCUUCCAAGGAGGUAAAUUCCAUGGUGAAGGGCGAAUGGAAUGGCAUGUUGCGGGAGACCGGGGAGGCCCAAUGGUCUAUCAAGGACAGUAUGUUGAUGAUAGGAAGGAAGGAUAUGGGACGUUCGAGUGGCCCGAUGGUCGAAAGUAUGUUGGAUGGUGGAUUGCUGGCAAGAGGCAUGGUGAAGGAGAAUAUACCACUGAGUUUGGUCAGACUCGGAAAGGUGUUUGGGAAAACGACGUGCUUGUGCGUUGGGUGGGAAGUGUGAGUGGAAGUUCCCCGUCUGGGAGUGCUGGUGGAGGAGUUGGGCCGAUGAAAUUAUCGAAGAAUCUUGAGGUUGAGCAGUGA